AUGUUGAUGUCGUCAACAGGACAGGUUCCUGGCUUUAAAGUCGUAAUCGUGUCCAGCUUGCCUGCGAAACUCGGUCUCGGGAGCGAUUCCGCCCUGGUCGUCGCGCUGUACACGCUUCUCGAAGCGAUCACCAGUACCUGCACCGGCAACGUCAUGGAGAAGAUGCUCGUCUGCCAGCAGGCGAAGAGACUGGCGACAAACUCUUGCAAGGUUCGCGCGUCGGACAUUCUAGUGUCCCUUAUCGGGGACCAGGGUCGGAUUUUCGCGUUUGACGCGCAAUCUCUCGACGUCGAUCGCGCGAAUUGGAACGACACGGACGUUCAGCUGGUUCUCGUCGAACUGAACGACGAUACCGAAGGAGGGAAGAAAUCAUCGGCGCAGCGUGACGAGAGCAAGACACGCUGCGAGCAAGUUGCGACGGCGAUGAACACGAUGUCUCGAUGGCGUGCACAUCCGGCUGGCGCGUCGUCGAUGGGACUGUUAUUUCCGCGAGAAACGAUGGAAAUGGUCAAGGACGCGAUCGUGCGGCACGAAAGGAUAGCAAACAUGACGAACGCGAUCAGGAGGGAACGAUGGGAAGAGUUUGGUAGGAUUAUCGUCAAAUGAUUGACGACGCACGUGCGAUCGUGCAGCUACCGAUUGACCAACUUGACACUUUGUGUGCUUUGCCAUUGCGUAGUAUUAAUA